UAAACAGGAAAAAAAAAAAGAAGAAAUAUUUAAAAAGAAGCGUUUUCUGGGGUUUCUCCAUCAUGGGAACCCUCGAAAUUGCUUCUGUAGCAUAUCAUGAUUCAUAUUCGCAUUCGGAACCGUUUCGGAGCUUGUGAGUUAAGGAAGCUUUUGGUGUUUCUGUCAUCAGGGAAACCAAAUUGAGAUGGGUCUAAAGUUGACGAAGCGUCUGGAGCCUGAGAUAAGGCCGGUAAAUGCGCAACACCAAGCAAUCAUCAAUUACCUAGUGAAGAACUUCUUCCUCCGUAACUUGGUGUCCAAGAAACGAAGGCGAUUGCUCGUUGGGGGCUAUGACCUCGACAUGUCAUAUAUCACUGAUCGGGUGCUUGCUAUGUCGUUCCCGUCGGAGCGGAUGCGUGCAAUGUACCGGAAUCCACUUUGGCAGGUCAAGUCGGUGCUGGACAUGAGGCAUGAGGGCCAUUACAAGAUAUACAACCUCUGCAUAGAAGAAGCAUAUAAUCCAUCGCAUUUCCAUGGUCGUGUUGAAACGUAUCCUUUUGAUGACAACCAUGUCCCUCCACUUCACAUGGUCAAGCAAUUCUGUGAAAGCGUGCAUUCAUGGCUCUCCGCAGACCCUGAAAACAUUGCCGUUGUGCAUUGCAUGGCAGGCAAAGGUCGAACAGGUUUGAUGGUAUGUUCCUACCUUGUUUAUGGUGGCAUGUCACCGGAGGAAGCUCUUCAGUUGUAUGCUCAAAGGCGUACAACCAACAACGAAGGAGUUUCGAUACCAAGCCAGCGUAGGUACGUGGAGUACUGGGCAAGUUUGCUUUCGUUCCCAAGUGAGGGAGCAUGUGAUGAGCCUCCGGAGGUGAGCUUGCCGCAACCACAAAGUCGGGAGUUGCGUCGGAUUAGGCUCUAUGACACUGUUAACACUGAUUCUAUCUAUUUUGUGGUAUCAGAGCUACAGCAUGUUCCUAAUCAGCUGUAUAGACCUGCAACAGAGAUCUCAAGGGGCUGCUGCAGGCAAAUAAAGAAGGGAUUCCAGAGGAACAACAGCCCGAGGUAUUACGUCUCUUACGAUGAUAGAGGCGAACCGCAGUCACCGACUGACGAGCCACGCAUCAUUGUCCAAAUGGACACUGAGAGCCCCAUUCUUUACCAGAAAACCUGCCUCGACUAUCACUUUGACAAGCCUCCGCAGGUCACCGGAGACGUGAGGGUCAUAUUCUAUCAAAAAAUGAAUGGAGGCCGUCUCUUCUAUGCCUGCUUCAACACUGCUUUCAUCAGAAAGAGUUUGCUACAGUUUUCUUUGCGGGAUUUGGACAAAGUUGGAAGCAAAGGUCGGUCAAUAUGUGGAAAUGCCUUCUGUGUCGAGUUACUGUUUGGCCCUGCCAAUGAUGCCACAAGCUCGUUUCGCCUCGGUAGCAACGACAGUAUUGAUGGAGACCUUAGCAACGAAUUUCCCCUUCUUGAGGGUUAAUUAAUUAAUCAGUCUAGUAUUCAAGAAGUCACCCUCACGGUCAUGGACCGUAUAUACAAUUGUUGUUUCCCCUUAAUUUUUCCUCCAGCCAUUAGCCAAUAUCCCAGCAAGUUUCCUUUCUGGUCAAAAAUUUGCGUGCCUUGCCAACAUUAGUUUUUUUAAUGGUAGGAGAAUGGCAAGAGGACUUAGGGACAAGUUUUGUACAGUAGCAGCUUCCCUUUAUCAAGCUUGUUUCAGAAGAUGAUGAUGUUGAGUGUAAUUUGUAUUAUUGAUCGAUCCUUUCGUGCCCUGACAAUCAGAGGGCACUUCUUUUUUUUUUUUUUUUAAUCCAGCAAAACCAAAUCGGUAAAUUUACUAGGGGAGGAGAGGUUAGGAGAUCGUUUGUUCAAGUGUCGAGCCUUGUCCAUUUCUGGGGGAGCUGUGCUGUGACAAUAAGGAUGGAGCUAAUAACGUCCUCUCUGCCAGAUGAUUAUGAUAGCGGCUUUGAUGGCCCGUAAUCAAUCGUGCUUGGAACCCUAAUCCGAGCACCGUCUCAGACAGCAGCACUGGAGGUUGUCAACUCCCAAAAUCAAGGACCGACGAGGGAAGAAGCAGAGACCCGGAAAUUCUGUGUGGGAGUUGAGGAGAGAAAAUGGUAAACAGGGUGUGAAGUUUCUUGCUUCAGGAGAGCAGAGAGGGGAUAAGAAUUAGUUGGCGGAUAUCUCUGCGCUUUCUUCUCUGAGAAUACGAGACCUGAGCUUAAGAAGAGUGAAAGAUGGGGGGAGAGAGUGUGAGACAGAGAGAGAGAGAACUGAGGAGAGAGAUGACCACUGAGAUAUAAUGGAGUGAAAAAGAGGACAAGGAAAGAGCAAAUUCAUUCCUCGCGUUCAGGGAAUCGGGUUCUUCUUGAAAUGAAGCAUGAAAAA